CCGAGGGGGGUGAGUGUGACCGAACGUCUGAGCGCGCACAACACGCACGCGGAGCGCAAUGGGCAGCAAGUGCAAGAACGCGGACAGGGGAAGCGACAACCAGACAACUGAAACAAAUCUGCCUUUUUCAAGAAAAAUUUGCUAUGCCAUUGGAGGAGCACCUUAUCACAUGACUGGAAAUGCCCUGGCGUUCUUUCUGCAGAUCUUCUUCUUGGACGUGGUGCAUAUGGAAGCUUCUUAUGUGUCUGUUAUCCUAUUCACCGGACGAGCCUGGGAUGCAAUUACAGACCCUUUUGUUGGAUAUUUAGUGAGCAAAAGUAAGAAGACAAGAUUUGGAAAGCUCAUUCCAUGGGCCGUAUUCACCAUGCCAUUUGGCGUCUGUGCCUAUAUCCUGCUUUGGUUCAGCCUCCCAGACAGUGUGAAUUCAGGCUUGAAAUUCUUUUGGCACUUUAUGAUGUACUGUCUCUUCCAGACCUUCAUGACUUGUUAUCAUGUACCUUAUACAGCACUGAACAUGUUCCUGGGAGGAAACCAGAAAGAGCGAGACUCUGCUACAGCAUAUAGAAUGGCUGUGGAGAUGUUUGGGACGCUGGCAGGCUGUGUCAUCCAAGGGCAGAUUGUAGGAGUGUACCACGCCAAGACAGCUCAGAAGUGCAGCGAACAGAAUUUCACAGUGUUUAACAGCUCAUCCACGCUGGCUGAAUCCGUCAUUGCUAUGAGGAAGGCCUACAUUGUUGCUGCAGUUCUGCUUGGAGGAUUUUACUUUAUCUGUGCAAUAAUACUGCUGGUGGGCGUAAAAGAGCAAGCAGGUGUUCUUACUCCUUUGGGACAAUCCAAGUUGCACUUCUUUUCUGGACUAAGAUGUGUCAUCACUCACAAAGCCUACCUGAGGCUGAUUUGUGGAUUUCUCUUCUCGUCCUUGGCUUUCCAGAUGGCUCAGGGAAACUUUGCCCUAUUUUCUACUCAUGCGGCAGGCCUUGGCCAUUCGUUCCAACAUUUAGUGGUUAUCAUGUUGGUUGCUGCUACACUGUCUGUUCCCAUAUGGCAGUUGCUGCUGGGAAGAUUUGGCAAGAAGACCAUUCUUUUUGUUGGUUUAUCAUGUUAUAUUCCAGUCUUAGCCAUUAUUGCUGCAUCAAAAAGUAGUUUUAUAUUAUUUGCUAUAUUGGGAUCACUUGCAGGUGCCAGCUUGGCAUCCCUCUACCUUAUACCAUGGUCGAUGCUUCCUGAUGUGAUAGAUGAUUUCAAAGUAAAGAACCCCAACUGUAUGGACUUGGAACCAAUCUUCUAUUCCUGUUAUGUCUUCUUUAAUAAAUUUGGUGGCGGGAUAGCACAAGGAUCAUCAAACUUAAUUUUACAUUUUGCAGGGUAUAAGCCAGGGGCCUGCGUACAGGAGGCAAGAGUGGUCACCAGCCUGAAGAUCCUCUUUGCUCCAAUACCCAUCGGACUGCUGCUACUGGGCUUGCUGAUGUUUUACUUUUAUCCAAUAAAUGAAGAAAGGAGGAAAGAACUAAAAGCACAACUUGAACAAAUCAGGAAGGAAAAGGAAACACAUGAAGACAAAGACACUGUGAUUUAAACAAACGUCACAUGUCGGAAACCGUUACACACUGCACAGUGUACUCCUUAUAUCACGUUCAAAAAUGACCGAAGUGACUGGACUCCUUAUUCUGUGAACAGAAGAAGAUUUGACAGCUGUGGUGAAACUGGAAAUUUUCUGAGCCUUUUGUCGACAUUAGGCAAGAUUUAUGAUGUUGUAAUUAUAACUACUUUUUAAAGAAGCAAUAUGCAGGACCUUAUGAUCAAGUUUGCAUUUUUACACUAUGUUGGAUUUUCAUAUUAAUUAAAAGUACUGUAUACUUUUCA